AUGGCAAGGUUACAUACAUCCAUUAACUAAAUAAAUGAUACCAAUUAAAAUGAUAGAAUUUCAAUAGAAAUGAAUUUAUAGCAAUUUAAUUUGAUAGGAUUGUGUUUUCUGAUGAGAGUUAAUUAAAUGAAAAUGGACUGCAAAUAUGGCAUUCAGAUGAAUCUUAACUUUUCUAAUAAACAAAAGAGCUUUCCUAUAAAAAUAUGGAAGUAAAGGUAUGGGGUUUAAUAAUCACAUAACGAAAGGGAGAAUUAUAUACAAAAUUUGAAUGUAGAUAGUUUUGCAUAUAUUUAAUGCCUAGAAACGAGUUUGCUUCCAUUCACUUAGAGAACUUAUGGAAGAAAAUAAUGGAUCCUAUUUUAAGAUGGAGCGCAGAGUCAUACCUCUAAACAGACUCAAUAAUGGCUUACAGCUAAUAAAAUUGAAAUUUUAUAAAAUUUUGCAUGGAGCCCUGAUACUAACCCAAUCGAGCUAGUAUGGAUGGCAAUGAAAAAAAUGUUCAAAAAGAUCAAUUACAAUCAAAAAAUAAAGAAUAAAGAUGAUCUCAUAGCCAUCAUUAAUGAGAUAUGGAACAAUUUAGACUAAAAUAUCAUUAUAAAUUGUAUUAACCAUGUUUAAUCAAUACUCCUUGAAUAGCAUGGAAAUUAUUUACAUUGA